AUGGAGCUGGUGCUCGCGGAGGCUUUGCUGGAGGACGGCCGCGAUCCUCGGGCCCUGCUCGGGGCGCUGUGCCGCGGGGAGCCGUCGGCGGAGCGCGUGGAGACGCUGCGCUUCGUCCUGCAGCGGCUGGAGGAGCGGGACGCGGGCGCGCUCCCGGGGGCGGCGCGCGAAGUGGCCACCGGCUACCUGCUGCCGUUGCUCCGCGAGCAUGCGAGAGGCUCGAACCCGGGGCCCCGCGGGCGCGUGCUGCGGGCGGCCGGCGCGGCGCUGCGCUCGUGCGCGCGGCUGGCGGGGUCCCCGGCGCUGGCCCCGGAGCUGGCCGAGGCGGCGCUGCGGGACCUGGGCUGCCCGCGAUCGGCCGACGGCGACUUCGCGGCGGCCGUGGAGGUGCUAGCGGCCGUCGGAGCCUGCCUGCGGCCCCGCGAGGACGGGCCGCUGCUGGAGCGCGUGGCGCGGGCGGCCGUGGCGCGGGCGCUGCGCGGGGACGCGGCGGGCGGGGACGCGGCGGCGCUGGUGGCCUCGCGGCUCCUGCCCGCGCUGGGCCGGGGCGGCGAGGCGGCGCUGCGGGCCGUGUGGGACGCCCUGGCCGCCCUGCGGACGCCCGCGGAGCCCAGCGGCGUGGCGGCGGAGCUGCUGGUGCUGAGCGCGCUGGCCGAGAAGCUGCUGCCCGAGCCGGGCGCGAGCCCCGCGGGUCCCGACGCGCGGCGCUGUGGCCGCUUCUGGACGACGGUGCAGGCGGGGCUCGGACGCGCCCAGGACGCGCUGACGCGCAAGCGCGGCCGCUACCUGCUGCAGAGGGCCGUGCAGGUGUCCGCGGAGCUGGGCAGCGACUGUACCUGCGGCACCCGCGACGGCACCGGCCCAAGUCUUUUCUGGUGGUCUGAGAAGAAAAAAGACGAGCUUCUAAAGUUUUGGGAGAAUUAUAUUUUAAUUAUGGAAACUCUAGAAGGAAAUCAGAUACAUGUUAUAAAGCCAGUCUUACCAAAGCUAAACAGUCUGUUUGAAUGUGCAGUGUCAGAGGAAAAUGGCUGUUGGCUCCUUCACCCCUCCUGGCUCAUGUGUAUUUACAAAGGAAUGUUUGAAAGUGAGAACAAAAUCUUAACCAAAGAAGGUGUUACCCACUUUUUGGAGCUGUAUGAAGCAAAAUCGCUCCCAUUUGCACCAGAACUCUCUGAGUUUGUUAUUGGACCACUAAUGGAUGCACUUUCAGAGAGCUUUCUGUAUGUUAGGUCCCCAGGCCAGCAGGUAGGAAGUGGUUCUCCACUGGGAUUAAAGUUACAGAAGUUUUUAGUCACUUACAUUUCUUCUCUUCCUGAAGAACUCAAGAGUAGCUUCCUGCUGAAGUUCCUUCAGAAGAUGACAAGCAGGCCCUGGUGUGCCGUGCCAGUCCUGUUUCUCUCGAAGGCGCUGGCCGGCAUCCCGAGGUGUAAGGCCCUGGCUGUGGAAGGCCUUCUUGCUCUCAGGGAUGUCAUCCAGUGCACCAUGAUCACGCACCAGAUCCUCCUCCGAGGGGCCGCGCAGUGCUACCUUCUCCAGACGGCCAUGAACUUGGUGGACGUGGAGAAAGUGUCACUUUCUGAUGUUUCUACGUUCCUCACCUCUCUGAGACAAGAGGAGUGCUUAGGACGGGGGACCAUGCUGUGGACAGAGCUCUGUGACUGGUUGCAUGUCAAUGAAAGAUACUUCAGGCAGUCUUCUAUUUGUGACUCUGAUGAGCUCCAUGAGACAUCUUUGACUGCUUACGUGAAGAAACUCGUUCAAGAUUAUGUGAAGUCACCUGGCUGGGAAAAGGAAAGCAGCUUCCUGCCCGACUGGCUAGAAGCCAGGCUGACUGCGCUGAUGGUCCUGCUGGCUGUGGACGUGGAAGGGAUGAAGACGCCAUUCAGUGAAAAGCAGAGGAUGGAGAAUAUGUUGAGGAUCUUCUUAGAUCCCCUGCUGGAUGCCCUGGCGAAGCUUGGCACAAAUGCCUACAUGCCCUUGCUGAGGACUGACAGGUGCCUUCAGCUGCUAGUGAAGUUGCUGCACACUUGCGCAUUGGGAGGUGCCAGUCCCCAAGACGAUGAGGUAUCCAUGCUUCUCCAGACCUACGUCAUGUCUGCUGCAGAGAGCAUCUCUCAGUUUGUCCUCAGAAGACUCACAAUGAAUGAACUUCGGAGUGUGGCUGACAUGGACCGUUGCCACUUGUACCUGAAGGUGCUGACUGAGCUUGUGGGCAUCCCCGGGAAGCUGGGAUGGAGGGCAGGCAACCCUGUUGGCAGAGUCAUAUCUCCUCUGCAAAGCGCAUGCAUUCACCAUCUUCUGGAGGCUGACAGCGGACAGGAGCCGACCCUGGGGCGGCAGAUCCAGAGGGCGGUUAGCAUGGCUGCCCUGGCUACCCUGUGCAAGGCCGCGGACCUGCACCUGGUGCCGCAGCCAGAUGCCGUCAUCGCCGGGCCCGCCGAGCGGUUUCUUUCCACCCUUCCACUGAACCAGACACUGCAGAAGCCCUGCUCGGAGGAGCAGAAUGGGUGCAGGCGCCCCUGGGAGAACGGCAGUUUUUAUGAAGAAUGUUCCUCUUCCCAAGGAUGGGGGAAAAUAGUUGCAGGCUAUAUCCAUGAUCAGUGGGUCUGCCUCUCCUUCCUGCUGAGAACGUACCACAACCUUAUUCCAGCCACAGAGAGUGACCUUCCCGAGUGCUUCCUGCCUGCCCUUCAGAUGCCAGCACAGACCCUGCGGUCCGCACUGGACGCCCUUGGCCUUCUUCCUUCCGACUGUGUCUCACCUGUGUUCCGCUGCAUGGAGGUGCUGGUUCCCAAGCUGCUGACCUCCUCGGAGCCGCUCUGCAUAGAGUGUUUUGACGUGGCAUGGAAAACGGUAUCUUCUUCAAGCAACACCCAGCUGACAUUCUGGCCGAAUUUAAAAGCUUUUGUGGAAUUUGUUUUUAAUAACAAAGUACUUACCAGUGCCGCAAAAAUCAAGGGCCAGGCAUAUUUCAAAAUUAAAGAGAUUAUGUUCAAGAUGGUUGAAAUGUCCACUGUGAGAACAGGGGUCUUCAAUGUUCUGAUCAGUCACUGCUGCCAGUCUUGGACGGUGGCUGCAUCCAGUGUCUCUCAGGGGUCUUUAUCGAGUGCCAAGGAUUACAGUGAACUUGUCCUGGAGGCUUGUGUGUUUGGAACUGUGUUUAGGCGUGAUCAGAGACUCAUCCAGGAUGUUCAGACCUUCAUAGAAAAUCUUGGACACAGCUGUGCAGCCAAUGUCAUUAUGGAAAAUGCUAAAAGAGAAGAAUGUUAUGUGAGAAUUUGUGCUGUCAAAUUCCUGUGUUUGUUGGAUGGCUCAGAUACCUCCCACAAGUUAUUUAUAGAAGAUCUAGCAGUCAAGCUAUUAGAUAAGGAAGAGGCGGUGUCCAAGACCAGGACUCGCUACCACGAGAACUCCGUGCAGCACCGCGUGAAGAACCGGGCAUGGCAGACUCUGCUCGUCCUCUUCCCCACCUUUGACCAGAACUUCUUGAGUGGAAUUAUUGACAGGAUUUUCCAGGCUGGUUUCACUAACAAUCAAGCUUCCGUAAAGUAUUUCAUAGAAUGGAUUAUCAUAUUGAUGCUUCAUAAAUUCCCUCAGUUUCUUCCAAAGUUCUGGGACUGUUUUUCUUACGGUGAAGAGAAAGUUAAAACAAGCAUUUGCACGUUUUUAUCUGUUUUAGCACAUUUGGACAUCAUUAUUCAGAAUAUUCCAGAAAAGAGGCCGCCGCUGAAGCAGGCCGUCACCGUUGCCCUGCAGUGGUGUGUCAGCCACAACUUCAGUGUGCGGCUCUACGCCCUGGUGGCCCUCAAGAAAGCCUGGCACCUGUGUAAAGCCUUGCACGUUGAAGACUGUGACACGUGGACGGCCAUCAUCGAGGGCAGUCUCGGCCAGGUGGAGAGCAUGCACGGUGCAGGGAACGCCCGGAGGAACUGGCAGCGCGUCCAGGAGCAUUUCUUCUUUGCCACAUUUCACCCGCUGCAGGAUCUUUGUCUGGAGACCAUAUUCUAUAGCCUCCCGCGGCUCUCGGGAGUCUCUGAAGAGGAGUGGAUUGCCCUCAGCAAAUUUGCCAGCUUCACCGAAAUCCCCUGUGACACCCAGUCCCAGUGGUACCUCUCUAGGACCGCACUUUGUGAGCUGAGUCCAGGGGACUGGGCCCAGCAGGACAGAGGCUCCGCCCCCGGUGAAGCAGACAGCCGGCCUGAGUGGGCCGAUGUCCAGAGGAAGAUCAUCCCCUGGCGAGCCGCUGCUCCCGAGGCCGACCUGGAGCUGCCAUGUCAGGAGCGAGCCUCCAGGCUGGGAAAGUCCACUGGUGGGCUGAUAGUGGUGGCCUCGCUCAUUGACAAGCCAACCAAUUUAGGAGGGCUGUGCCGGACCUGUGAGGUGUUCGGAGCCUCGGUGCUUGUUUUGGGCAAUCUCCAGUGUGUUGGUGACAAACAGUUUCAACAUCUCAGUGUCUCAGCAGAACAGUGGCUUCCUCUGGUGGAGGUGAAACCAGCUCAGUUGGUGGAUUAUCUGCAGCAGCGAAAAGCAGAUGGCUACACAGUCAUUGGAGUGGAGCAGACGGCCCAAAGCUCAGACCUGGCCCAGUUCCGCUUUCCUGAGAAGUCGCUGCUGCUGUUGGGAAAUGAGCGGGAGGGAAUCCCAGCCAACCUGAUCCAACACUUGGACGUAUGUGUGGAGAUUCCCCAGCAGGGCAUCAUCCGUUCUCUGAACGUGCACGUGAGCGGGGCCCUGCUGAUCUGGGAGUAUACGCGGCAGCAGCUGCUUGGGCGUGCGGAGCCUGCCGUCUAAAGUCCACCUCACCCACGGGCUGCUGCGGAAACCCCAUCUUCCAUACUUUAUGGACUGAUGAAAUAGAUUCUGAGAUGCACCAGGAUGACUUGUAUUUCUCCUUCCUUGUGAGGUAAUACCAAAACUUUUUCAUGUGCCUUAAAAGAUAACUCCUUUAAUAAACUUUUUAAGUUGUAA